CAUCUCGCACUCUGGGCGACCCCUCUUCCAGGCCAGAAAACUUCGCGCCUGCGACUCUCCGAGUCGUCGACGAUUCAGGCCCAGUGAGACCCCGACACGUCAGAACUUACGUUUUCGUCUCGGUAAAGCUAGGGCUUGGACUAGAAUGAACUUUAAGGUCUCUUCUAGCUUGCCCCGCCCUACCGCCACGCUCCCACUCCUGGCGCUGCUGGGAAUUGCAGUUCCGUGAGCCCGCUUUCUCCCGGGCCCGCCCGGACGUCAUGCUCUGCGCCCCUAGCCGCCUCCUAGCGGCCCGGGCGGCGACCGCGCUCCCCUUCCAGCCCAGAGUCCGGGGUAGGGAACUACAUUUCCCAGGGACCCCGCUGCCGGCGCAGGGAACUACAUUUCCCAGGGCACCCCGAGCCGCCGCUUGGUGACUUAUUGGUGGGGCGGCUCGCAAGACCCAGCGUGCUAGCGGGCCGGAGGGCCAUCCUGAGGAGGGGAAGGAUGCCGCCGGCCGUAGGCGGAGGCCUGGCAGGGUCCGAACUGCGUCCCCGGAGGGGCCGCUGUGGGUCCCAGGCUGCUAGGGCCGUGGGCCCGGACGUGGCCACCGAGGCUACAGCGCGGAGCCCCAAACGGCCUGCUCCGAGCUCGCGGCGCUUCGAGGCGCCCGGCCGGUGGGCUCUGCUGGCCCUGGUGACGCUGAUGUCCUUCGCUACCCGCUUCCACCGUCUGGACCAGCCGCCGCACAUCUGUUGGGAUGAAACUCACUUUGGAAAAAUGGGAAGUUACUAUAUCAACCGCACCUUUUUCUUUGAUGUGCACCCGCCUCUGGGAAAGAUGCUGAUAGGCCUUGCUGGCCACUUGAGUGGAUAUGACGGCACCUUUUUGUUCCAGAAGCCUGGGGACGAAUAUGAGCAUCACAGCUACCUGGGAAUGAGAGGAUUCUGCGCGUUCCUCGGCGCUUUGCUGAUCCCCUUUGCCUACCUCACUGUACUGGAGCUGUCCCAGUCCCUCCCGGCAGCGCUGCUCACGGCUGCCCUCCUCACCUUUGACACAGGAUGCCUCACUCUGUCCCAGUACAUCCUCCUUGACCCCAUCUUGAUGUUCUUCAUCAUGGCUGCCAUGCUGAGCAUGGUCAAGUACAACUCCUGUGCCAACAGGCCCUUCUCUGCCCCCUGGUGGCUCUGGCUCAGCCUGACUGGCGUUAAUCUAGCUGGUGCUCUGGGGGUCAAGUUUGUUGGCCUCUUUAUCAUCCUGCAAGUGGGGUGGAACACCGUUUCAGACCUUUGGCACCUGUUUGGAGACCUCAGUCUUUCAAUGAUAACACACAUGUCAGGCAUAAGGCAAAUAAUGCCUCAUAUGCCCAGCACCCUGCACUGGCUUGGUUUGCAGGUGACUGUGGGAAAACAUCUGACCGCUCGCAUCCUGUGCCUCAUAGUGCUGCCGCUGGCUCUCUACACGGCCACGUACGCUGUUCACUUCAUGGUGCUGAAUAAAAGUGGUCCUGGUGAUGGCUUCUUCAGUUCUGCCUUCCAGGCCCGGCUUUCAGGAAACAACCUUCACAAUGCUUCCAUCCCUGAACACCUGGCCUAUGGCUCUGUGAUCACCGUGAAGAGCGCGCGGAUGGCCGUCGGCUACCUCCACUCGCACAGGCACCUCUACCCCGAGGGCAUCGGCGCCCGCCAGCAGCAGGUCACCACCUAUUUGCACAAGGACUACAACAACCUGUGGAUUAUCAAGAAACAUAAUACAAAUUCAGAUCCCCUAGACCCUUCACUCCCUGUGGAGUUUGUAAGACAUGGAGACGUCAUUCGACUAGAACACAAAGAGACUUCUCGGAACUUGCACAGUCACUAUCACGAGGCCCCCCUGACCCGGAAGCACUAUCAGGUCACAGGCUAUGGCAUAAAUGGGACAGGAGACUCAAAUGACUUCUGGAGGAUUGAGGUUGUAAACAGAAAAUUUGGAAACCGAAUCAAAGUGCUGAGAAGUCGAAUUCGCCUCAUCCAUCUGGUGACAGGUUGUGUCCUGGGCUCCUCAGGAAAGGUCCUGCCCAAGUGGGGCUGGGAGCAGUUGGAAGUCACCUGCACUCCAUACCUAAAGGAAACCCUCAACUCCAUCUGGAAUGUGGAAGACCAUAUCAAUCCCAAAUUGCCGAACAUCAGCCUGGACGUGCUGCAGCCCAGUUUUCCUGAGAUAAUGCUGGAGGCCCACAUGGUGAUGAUCCGGGGGAACAAUGGCCUCAAACCCAAAGGCAACGAGUUCACGUCCAAACCCUGGCACUGGCCUAUCAACUAUCAGGGCCUGCGCUUCUCAGGGAUCAAUGACACCGACUUCCGAGUGUAUCUGCUCGGCAACCCGGUGGUUUGGUGGCUGAAUCUGCUGAGCAUCGCCCUCUACCUGCUCUCAGGGAGCAUCUUUGCUGUGGCUCUGCAGAGAGGGGCACGUCUGCCUGCCGAGGUUGAAGGGCUGUCCCAGGUCCUGCUGCAAGGAGGCGGGCAGCUCCUGCUGGGCUGGAUGAUGCAUUACUUCCCGUUCUUCCUGAUGGGCCGGAUCCUCUACUUCCACCACUACUUUCCCGCCAUGCUCUUCUCCAGCAUGCUGACAGGCCUUCUGUGGGACAUACUCCUGCGGCUCUGCGCCUGGAGCCUGGCCUCCUUUUCUCUGGCUGGGCACGUACACACACUGGGAAUCCUGAGCCUGCUCCUGGGAAUUGCCUACAGCUUCUACCUCUUCCAUCCUCUGGCAUAUGGGAUGGUUGGUCCGCUAGCCCAGGACCCCCGAAGUCCGAUGGCAGGACUAAGGUGGCUGGAAUCAUGGGACUUUUGAGGCCACUGCAAGGACUCCAGCCUGGGUCCAGGAACUUCCUGGGGACAGCCAGCUGUGGAGCCAGUCCCUGGAAGCUGUCUGAGGAGCCCGCGGAAUUCUGCCACCUGCCAGGACCAUGCCCUGGGAGCAUACCCGGAGUGUAAGCCACUAGAGGGGGCCAUGGCUCUGCUCUAACCACAGCCGUUCCUCCGCUGGGGCUGGCUCAGCAACAGGCGCCAACAUCUCUCAGGCCCGUUUCCUCGAGUGUGCAGCAUGAGGAGGGAUGAGUGUGCAAGAGGGUGGGUGUGAGUGUGUGGGGGAGUGUGCGUGUGAGGGUGCGUGUGUCCGUAUACCUGCGGAAGAUAGACCGUGACUGUGGACAGCUGAGUGUCAUAAACUCUAAGAAAUCGUCCAGGGCUACGGUAGUAUUCUCUGGGGUUUUUUUUCACACUGGAUUUGGUUUGUAAGAUUCAUCAAAAAUUCUCAGACCUCCAAGAAGGCUGAAAGCACUGACCCCACCUUGGGAUGUCACCAAGGGCAGAGCAGAUGGUAUCGGCACGGCUGUGCUGCCCUCCUUCCCACAAAUAAGCAAAUACAGCUGAGGCCCCUGAGCUGGAGGGCCCGCCUCCCAGCUGCUUCCCCACGUGGCUGCUGCUGGGAAGUCUCCUCCGAGGCCGCAGGCGGCUGGACUUCUGCCUGCGAUGUGCGCAGAGGACUGGGCCCCAGAGCGAGGCAGCUGAGGACUCACCAGCCCUGUUGGCCCUCCUCAGCCCUCGGUUCCUCGCUGUCUGAGAACGUCACAUCACGAGGUUGGUGGGAGGGGUGGCACCCUGUCCUUGGCUACUGUGUGUUCUCAGGCCCUGUGAGCCGAGGUGAUUUCUGGCUGCCCAUCCCUUACCCUCUGCGUCCAGCCUGACCGUGAGGGUGGGCCCGAUGCAUUCUCCUGAUUGCAGGGAGAGCCUUUGGGGCCCCUCUCUUAGCAGCUGAGGUGGAUGUGUGGCCGUGCAGGGAUGUGUAUGGUGCUGGGCUGGGGUCCCAGCAGGGCCUCGGGGUGUGGGCUGCCUUGGCCUUUCUGGGCUGGUGUUCCUGUCACUCACUAAGCUUUCCCCAGUUUUACUUCUCUAGUCCUCCCCUGCUGACAGCCCCCCUCCCUUUCACUUCAUUUCAUUUCCUUUACUCUGUGUCACUGUCUCACCAAUCUCUUUUUCCCCAAAGACCCAGAGCACCUAGAAAUGCCUUGGAGCUUCUCCUCUCUACCACUCUGAAGCCCAAGCAGGAAGCUCAGAGCUGUUCCUUUUACUUCCGCCCCAUAUGAAAGAGAUAAAGAAAACCCUUGGGUUAGCACUGAACAAACCCAAGGCCACUCCUUCAGCCCGCCUCUGUCCUCCCAGUGCAUGACAAAAUAUUAUUUUGUCUCAGAGAACUGUCAUGCUUCAAGGUUUAAUGAUGCAUCUCUGCCACACUCCAUCUUCCCUCCUCUGUAGCCCCCACCAGCUCUGACAGGGUCAGAGCUCUUUAGAGCAUCUUUGCUCGGCGGUUGCCACGGAGACUGGAAAUUGGUCCCAAGGACAGGCUGCGCUACGUACUGGGUGGUGGGUAGGGAAGCUUCUGGCCAUGCUCGGACGUUCAGACCAACCAUCAUUGAAGUUAAUAGAGGAAAUGCAGCAAUGUCAAAAGCAAGGCAGGUUCGUUAAUUAGAUCUGGGGCCUGAUGACCUCCCUUUCCCAGGGCUGCAGCCCUUUUGACUUCCCCCAGCAGGAAGCGCUGCCGGGUGCUGAGUCUGGGCUGCUUGCUUAAUUGAAUUUCCGGAAGGGAAGGAGAACUGGGAUGGAGAACCUCCCGCUCUCCCCUCCUCCUCCGCUUCUCCCUUUCUCUCCCCCAGGCCAAUUCCAUUUCUUCUGAGCUGGGUGGGGGCAGCCAUCUUGGUGGGCUCUCCUGGAGGUGGAAUUCAGGAACCUGUGCUUGGCUCUUAGCAAAGAACAACGGCCCCACGAUGACAACCGGAAGGUGGCUGAUGUUCCCUUGUGCCUUGUUUCCUAAUAGGAACUUGUUGGAAGGGAGGUGCUCUGAGGGCAGCCACUUUGAGUGAGGGUGAGGAAGGAGAAAGCUCAGCCAGCUUCCUGCCCAUCCCUCCCUCCUAACUUGGCCACACUGGGGACAAAAGUUUCCUUUGUCUCUUACACUGCUUUCCAAAGAUGCAGAAGAACUGUCCGCCCACUCCCUCCUCUUCUUCCUUGCCCAGACUGGCAGACACUUCUCUGGGGACAAGGCCGCAUGGGUUGAUGUAGCUUCAGGUACUCAGGUUCUGUUGUUGGAAGAUGCUGAGGAGAGGGGCUGUCGUGGUGGUGCUCUGAAUAUGGGCUCCAGCCCCCAGGAGCAGGCAGAAUGUGACACGCCCCACAGACUUGCUGGCGGAGGAAGGAGACGUUUGUUAGCUCAACCUCCAGCCGGCUUCUUGAACCACAUUUUAUAUUAAAAAAAACUUUCCACAGAUAAUCAGAGGCCGUUUACUUUUGUAAUAAAUAGCGCUUAUUUUGAACGCCAUGUUGUCCUUGUUGUACUUAAUUGAAGCUGACUUGCCCUCUGGCUCCCAGAAAGAAGAGAAGAAUGUUUUGAGUGCAGGAACCAUUCCAUUGUGUCUGGAGUCUGAGGCCAUUCUAAUUCCAGCAGAGGCCCUGGGCUAGGCAGGCGAGCCUGAUAACACCAGGGAACAUUUAGGCCCUCUCAUGGAUAAGGUUACUUGAGUAAUGUUGGUUGUUAUUGUGAUUUAUUUAAACGUAUUCUAAAAUAAGUAGGAAGCUGGACCUUUUUCUCUUUUAACCUCCUCACACAAGUAUAGAAAGGAAUGAGAGAGAGAGAGUAACGGUUGUCCACUUCUGAGACAGCUGAGUGGCCCAGCAUGGUAGCAGCAAUGUCCAUUCUGCUUACAAAGAGGCCCCCA